AUGAACCAGCAAGAGGACAGUGAACUUGCUCCUAUUGACCCCGAGAUCGAACGUACUUUCAGAAAAAGGAGAAAGGCACAAAAGGCUAACAGCCAUUGCAACAUGGCUGAAAAUGUUGGAGAAGAAGAAGAGGGUGCGCAGAACAUGACUAAUCCUAUUGUCUUGGCGGAUGAUAGAGCCAGGGCAAUAAGAGAAUAUGUUGCCCCUAUGUUCAACGAGCUCAAUCCGGGCAUUGUGAGGCCCGAAAUUCAAGCACCUCAGUUUGAGCUCAAACCUGUCAUGUUCCAAAUGCUCCAAACAAUUGGUCAAUUUAGCGGGAUGCCAACGGAGGACCCUCUUCUCCACCUUCGUUCAUUUUUGGAGGUGAGCGAUUCCUUUAAGCUUCAAGGAGUGAGUGAAGAAGCAUUAAGGCUGAAUCUAUUUCCGUUCUCUUUAAGGGACCGAGCUAGAUCAUGGCUCAACACCCUUCCUCCUGAUUCCGUCACAACUUGGAAUGACUUGGCUGAGAAAUUUCUAAGAAAGUACUUCCCUCCCACCAGAAAUGCAAAGUUUAGAAGUGAAAUCAUGUCGUUUCAACAGCUGGAAGAUGAGUCCACUAGUGACGCGUGGGAAAGAUUCAAAGAGUUUUUAAGAAAAUGUCUGCACCACGGUAUCCCACAUUGUAUACAAAUGGAGACAUUCUACAAUGGUCUCAAUGCAGCCUCUCGAAUGGUUUUGGACGCUUCAGCCAAUGGAGCCAUUCUUUCCAAGUCUUACAACGAAGCAUUUGAGAUUUUGGAAAGGAUUGCAAGUAAUAACUAUCAAUGGUCAAACACUAGAGCUCCUACAAGUAGAAAGGUGGCGGGAGUUCUUGAAGUAGAUGCAUUAACGGCUCUAACAGCUCAAAUGGCAUCAAUGACCAACAUCUUGAAGAAUAUGAGUUUGGGAGGAAAUAUUCAGCCAGUUGCUGCCAUUCAAAGUGCAGAAGUAUCGUGUGUGUAUUGUGGGGACGGGCACACUUUUGAGAAUUGCCCUUCAAAUCCAGCCUCGGUUUGCUAUGUGGGUAAUCAGAAUUUCAACCGCAACAACAACCCAUAUUCUAGCACUUACAAUCCAGCGUGGAAGAAUCAUCCUAAUCUGUCAUGGGGGGGGGGGGUCAAGGAGCAAGUUCAAGCACAGCACCAGCACAAGGAAGACAAGCAUAUCCACCAGGUUUUUCACAGCAGCCAAGACCUUCACAACAUGUUCAAAACUCCCAGCCGAACUCUUUGGAGAAUCUAA